AUGGCCCGCCAAUUCGUUGUCCUCGCCCUCAUCUUCGCCGCCGUGGUCAGCUCCGUCUCCGCCCGAUCCCCCGCCGCAGCCCCCGCCACCUCCCCCGUCGCCGCCGCACCCACCACCGCAACUGUGGCCAACUCCACCUCCCCUGCUUCAGCCCCUGCUUCAUCCCCGGUUGCCACCACCACCCCCUCCGCCGCCCCAACUCCAGCCGCCACCACCCCACCGCCUCCACCCCCGAAUCCUCUUCUCCCACUCCCGUCGCCACAGAGGGCCCCGGGGCUGAAACCUCAUCUCCACCAGCCCCCGCCAGCGAAUCCAACUCACCCACCGCAGCCACUCCCGCCGCCGAUGCUGCCCCAGCUGAGGCACCCGCAAGCGGCGCCGCCGCUUUGA